GCAAGCGAGCGGAUGAGAAAAGGAACGAGCGAGUGCAAGCGCUCGAAGUGGAUUGAGUGUGGAAGGGAUUGAAGGAGAGACAUGACAAAAUAUCAAGAGGGAAAGCACGCACUACCAUGCGAGCUAAAUUUGCGACCGCUGGAAUAGAGGAUGUCGGAUUAAUGGUGACUAUUAUAACCCGUUUUCGCAGAGGAAGCUUUUCGAUUGGGACUUUGGAAGAGAGGGUCCGCGGGGAAACAUGGCCGAAGGAGGGGCGGUUAAAAGUGGCGCAGAAUACACCGCCAAAUCGGCGGAGCAGGAAGAGCGGAUUCUGCCCCAGCCUCUGUCGGGAGCAGGCCACUGCAAGUGGUUCAAUGUUCGAAUGGGGUUCGGAUUUAUAUCAAUGACCAGCAGCGAGGGGAGCCCCCUAGACCUCCCUCUGGACGUAUUUGUCCACCAAAGUAAGCUGGUGAUGGAUGGCUUCCGCAGCCUGAAAGAGGGCGAGCAGGUGGAGUUCACCUUUAAGAAGUCCUCCAAGGGCCUGGAGUCCCUGCGGGUAACGGGGCCGGGCGGGGGACCAUGCGCGGGCAGCGAGAAGAGACCCAAAGGGAAGGCCACACCCCAGAAGAACCGCAAACAAAAGGGUGACCGCUGUUAUAACUGUGGAGGUCUGGACCACCACGCCAAGGAGUGUGGCCUGCCCCCCCAGCCAAAGAAAUGCCACUACUGCCAGAGCAUCAUGCACAUGGUAGCCCAGUGUCCCCACAAGGCGCUGGCGCCCCCCACUGGCUCUCAGGACCCCCUGCACCCCUCUACCUCGACCGACCUGUACCCCCCUGACGAGGAGGAGCGCUCGGGUUCAUCCCCCCUCGAUGGCCCCUCAUCCUCCCCGGAAGCGCCACCCCAGUCACACUGUGGUGGCCCCCAGAGGUGGAGGAAAUAGGCGGGGAGAAGGGGAGAGGUGUACCAUGACCCUGACUCCCCUAAUCUAAGGAACCCCCAAAAUCCCAUCCCUAAUCUACCUCACACUCGUGAAAAAAAUGGGAGGUAUAUUUUUGGGCGGGACCAGCGAAGUUAUGGCAACGAUCACCGGGAUACGGAUUUGUGUGAAUGUGUGUGACUGGCUGACUGGUUGUCAUCUGGUUGCAGCUAUGGCAACCAUCGCUGGGGAUACGGACUCAUGUGAAUGACUGUGUGUGACUUCUCAAUCAGUGCAGCUCAAGAGACAAAAUGGUCUAAAAGAGAAACAAGGGUUAGGGUUAAGGGUUAUGGGUUAGGGUUAGGGUGAUUGUGAACCUGAGUUAGAUGACUGGUGUCAUCCGUAACACUUUGUGUGGUAGUUUCUGAAUAGAAUUCGGUUUCCUUUUAGAUUUUAGUUCACGUGUUUCAUAUUAUUAUUAUUCUAAACAUCAUGAUGGCUCUUUUUUAGCAUUUAAGACUUUAAAAAAAGGCCUUGAUGUAGGCCAGUGUUUCCUAAUUGAGCAUAUUUUAUUUUUGCCCUAGCAGUAACACACUUGAUUUAACUUAUCGCCAAGCCUUUGAUUAUUUACAAUCCGGUGUGUUAGUGAUACAUCAAAAACUAAAAUGUGUACCCCUUUGGCUCCCCGGGACCAGGAUUGCAAAACACUGAUUGGUCCUCUAUAAAAACAAUAGAACCGCAAAAAAAUCUGAAUCCAAAUGAUGCCUCAGUGUGACCUAUUGAUCAGUGUUGGCGAGAGCACCAUGGAUACCAGGGUGAAAGGUUGGAAAGAGGAUGGGGGCGUAGGACCCAUUCAAUAACCCUUGUGGUCAUGUGCAACGCUCUGCUUUACAGAAACAGAACUGGACCAACUGCCAGUUCUGGGGGGGAGCAAUGGUUGCAAUGGUUUCAUAAGAACCAGGAACUGGUUGUUAUAUGGUUGUUAUUAUAUGGUUGUAAUGACGUCAUUUCAACCAGCUUUGCCCACUGGGUGAUUGUUGUUAAACCUAGUUUGAAGUGUGUGUGUGUGUGUGUGUGUGUGUGUGUGUGUGUGUGUGUGUGUGUGUGUGUGUGUGUGUGUGUGUGUGUGUGUGUGUGUGUGUGUGUGUGUGUGUGUGUGUGUGUGUGUGUGUGUGUGUGUGUGGGCACAAGCGCAUGUGUGAGUGUGUAUGUGGGCACAAGCGUGUGUGUGUGUGGCACAGCCUGGUGCAGUGAAGUCACCUUUGCUGUGUACUUCCCCAGCGGGUAGAUUUUGGCACAAGACAUCAUUGCAACCAGUAUUCUGCUGCGAAAAGAAGCCUAACUGUCACUCCUGAACCACAGAAGAUGAGCUUUUCUAGUUCAGUGGUACUAACAAUUGACUGCAGAGUGCUAGUGGGGGAAUAGUAUUGAUCCAGGCAUGUGUGCACUUGCUUGUGUGUGAGUGGGGUUGUUAGGAACGUGUGAGAGACAUUGUUCCUUUCCUAAAACAUAACAGAGAAGUUUGAUCCAGGCUUUGAGAUUGGGGCCAACCUCUAGUCGACUUGAUAUUAAUGUUUCAUGUAAUCCUAGAAAGACAUGCCUUAGAAAAAGUGUUUUAUCACUCGAGACCUUGCCUGGCUACCCAGAUUCCUUGCUCUUGCCAAAAGCUAAGCCACGCUCACAGACGUUAGUUUCUUCUCCGCAGUGAGUCUGGAUCUGAGUACCUCCCAGACCCUUCACCGAAUGCCAACACAUUUGAGGCCAUCUGAUUGGUCCAGGAACCGAUGGGUUGGGCCAGAGCUAGAACAAACAUGGGUAAAGCGGCGGUUUGAAAAUGUGUCAUUGGCAUUGAUACUCUGAUUGGUUAGAGACGAUCCAAUCGAUGUUGACUUUGUUUUGUACAAAGCCCCUCGUGUCCCUCGUCACCACAAAAUCUUAAAUGAUGGCAGACCGAGACACUCAAUAUGUGGUCUGGAGACCGGACUCGAGUAGCCUAACAACUCACAUCUUCUUCUGAAGAAUUUAGUGUGAGUUGUUAGGCUACUCGAGUCCGGUACCCAGACCACAUAUUGAGUGUCUCGAGCUUGUCUCGGAUACAUUUUUACUCCGUCUUGACUGUUUCGGCUCAGUCUCGGACAAUCUGAAUUAUCAGCCCCCGUUCAGUCGAUGCUUCACCAUGCCAAAUAUCCACACUCCUUUUAUAACACCUUUCAUACGUACUCGUAACAAUACUGUCCUUUACUACAGUGCAUUCUGAAAGUAUUCAAACCCCUUGAAUUGCUCCUCAUUUUGUUACGUCACAGCCUUAUUCUAAAAUGGAUUCAAUAAAUGUUUUUCUUCAUCAAUCUACACACAAUACCCCAUAAUGACAAAGCGAAAAACAGGUUUUUAGAAAUGUUUGCUAAUGUAUUACAAUUUACAGAAAUACUGUACAUUUUUAGCUCUUUUUUUAUGGCGGCGAUCUGACACAAUUUCAAUCAUGGUCUUGAAUUGGACUCGCCUUGUUCUGGUCUCGGUCUUGACUCGAACUCGCCCCCCCUCCCGGUCUCGGUCUUGACUCGGUCUCACAAUACUUCUUGGAUAUUAAACUAUUUUAUCCACCUCUAGGUUUAAGUUCCAAAACAUUGAAAAAAUGCCAUUAUUUAAUUGGACUUCUACUAUCUACAUUUGGGUUGUUGACUAAUUAGUUGGAGAUAGUGUCACAGUUUAUGAAGUCACAAUAUAAGUCAUUAAUAUAUGUAUGAAAGAAUAGCAUAUUCUAAAACAAUUAUUACAUUUAAGUAUAGAAUAAAUUAUUUCUGGCAUAGUUUAAGAAACUAUGUAUUGUGCGUAGGAUUCUUUAUUGUCAAGCACCAUCACACCUCUCUCUCCCUUUGACCUGUGUGACAUCACUCAUUUUACCCGUUCAGUCAAUGCCCUCCCCGUUUAUAAUAUGAAGUAAUUUUCUACAUUUAUGUCUCUCUUUAUUUCUAUCACUCCAUCUCACUCUUAUCCUCCCUCCGCAUUAUCAAAAUAUCUGAUCACUCUCACAUCACUCUACCUCUCUCUAUCGUUCUAUCUGUCUCUGUUCCUCUUUUCCGACGAAAUGCCUUACCUAUAUAGGAAAAACUCGGACCCCUAGUCCUAGGCCUAGUAUUAGUCAAAUCACAUAGCCUCUACAUCUGUCUGAUGUCAAAGCUUUCUAUCCCUAUAUACACACCCCUGUCCCUCUCCCAUCUAUGCCUGUGGUACCACCUGUUUCCCACUCAAAACGGGAUCCCUAAACACUGCUGCUCGUUAUUCAAAUAGUCCAGAGAUUUAUUAAGAGCUGAAAAAGAGGUAGGGAGAAAAAAAAAUGUAAGUGCUGCUUUUCGUAUGACUUGAAUCCUCUGCGAGUUUCUAUUAGCGCUUAUACUAAUGAAACAUGACAACUCUUCUCUGACCAUAUUGAAUGUGAAAAGAACUCUGAAGUGGCUCUCCUCACAAAAGUCAAUGAGGGUUACUUUGGAGUCGUAUCUUCUUAAUGUGCUGACAAAUCAAAUGGCCUUGUAUGAUGAUAUCAAACUAGCUUGUGUUUUCUAAAGCUCUAAAACAAAUUACGUAGACAAGCAACAGUUUUUGGUAUACAUUUCUAUAAAAGAGUUUGGCUUUAUUUGAAGGCAUUGUAAAAGUAGGACUUGCUUUGCUGUUCCUGCUCCUUUGGAAUUUCAAGGGAUUGUUUCUGAAAGUUCAACACUGAGGUUGUUUAUGUAUAGCUUUUUGAAUGUGUGAUGUGCAUCGAAUUGAAUCCAAUAAGCGGACAACAACAGAGAGGGAAAAAAAGAGAAUGACCAAACCACACAAUGAGCACAGCCCAUUUUUGUACUAUGUAUAUAUUUUUUUUAUCCACAAUUCCUCUCAGGAUGAUAAACUGUUCUCAGGGAAUUAACCAAAAAAUGUAUAUUUUAUUAUUUUGGGAAUCAUCCACCGACUGAUCGAUAAACUCAAACUUUACUGUUCAAAGGGUUCUGUACCUCUUCAUGUCCUGAUAUUAGUAACUAACUACCUCUCGAGUUACACAUAGUUGUGCAUUUUCUUCUUCUUAUGUUUUGUUUUGAUUGAUCUUGUAUGAUUAACUGUAGGA